CUUAAAUGUUUUCUUCAGCUGAAAGACACAUAAACACACGAUAUAUAUAAUAUAUAUUUAUAUUUAUAUACGAACCUCCUAAAGGCUCAUACAUUACUAAAUCAAGCUAUACUACAAAAAUGCUACCGAACCAACACAUAUCAAAUAUGAAAUCGGUCUUGGAGCAAGCAGCUAAAGGUCGCAGAAAUGAAAAAGCGGUGGUUUCAAUCACAAUUUCUUAUUGGUAGUUUUAGCCGAGUUUUGCUCAAGCUGAAACAGGAUUUCAUAUUCCCACAAUACUUCGAAAAAAAUAUUUUAUUAUUUGAAUUUUUCCUAGUACUUUCUUCGACUUAGUGUUUAGAAAAUCUGUUAAUCGGCUGCCCAAUCUCCCGAUUUUGGGAAAAAAUUUUCCGUUAAGAGAUCCGCAAAAUUUUGGGGAAAUGGCAUCAAAAAACCGAAAUUUCCCAAAACUGAGUACUCUCCUUACAUUAACCCAGAAUUUUACCACACUUUUAGGAAACCCGUCUAUUUACUGAUAAAACCCUGAAUUUUCCGUAAUUUUGGGGAAAUCCAUAGCAUCUCGUUUUAACGCAGUAUUUUUCCACAAUUCUCGAUAGAUAUCACAGAAAGGUCUGGAGAUUUAAUAAUAAGUACCCAAGAGCUUCUACUCAUGUAUUCCAACACAGUUCAAAAGCAACAUAACUACAAUUGAUAACAAAAACCAAUCUGUUGCCAUAAUUAAAAGACUGACGCGUUAUACAUAGAAAUCUUUAUUCAAUUUUAAUAAAGUAAAAACUUUCAAUUAGUGCAUUAGUUUUAGUUCUUAAUGAUUGCUCGUGCUUUGAAUAAGUACAUUGAGUUGAUGUUGAACUUUCAGUCAGUGUGUUCUACAAAAGAAAAAAAGCACUCUUUAGAGAGCAAAUAAGUGUCAUAGCAAUCACCAAACUUAUGAAUCCUGAUCGUCAUGUAAAAGGUUGAUGGCGUACCAACGGUAUAGAAACCCAAUCUCCCAACUUUUGGGAAAUCCUAAAAGUUUAAUAGCUUUCUCCAAAAUUUUGAGUAAAUUUCGGGAAAACCCCCCAAAUCUAUGUUGCGCAGUUUUUCAGACAAAAAGUUCAUCACCAGUACAUUUUAGAAUCUUUGAAGAUAAAAUAAAAAUAAAAUGUUGUUUUUAAUAUAAUUAUGAACUUUAAUCACGAAAACGUCCCAGUGGACUUUCCAGUUGGUAAGUCAACUGUGACGUAUAAAGCUACCAUUUCAGCAACCUGUAGUUCUUCAGAGGUGCACAAGUAAUCGUUCAUUUUGCGUUCUACAGUCCUAACAAUAAAUGGAUUCUGCACGUUUAGCAAUUUAACUUUUCGGCUUCUCUGUUCCAUACGGAAGCGUGUCAUCGUCGGGUGCAUUUGUAAACGAGUAAAAGAUUCUAUUAAUCCAUCAGCAAUAUGGUAGUCAUCUAAAAACAAUGAAAUCAAAGUGACUAUAACUUACCACAACGAUGUAAUACUGUGCAUUUUCUGAAACAAAAGCUACUGUCGCAAUCGAUACUAUCACGAAUAUCGGUUAGGGUCACAUCACGAUAAACAAACAGUUCGUUGUUCAGCAACUUUGUUUUCAACCCAUUAUGGUAGUGAACUCCUGUUUCCAGAAGCUUCGGUCCCACGUUAUGGCAGCGAUGUAGUACACUUGUUACGGACUUGGGGAGUUCUGGAAUGUACACCAGGGAAAGGUCCAGAAUUCCGUUUGCCUUCUUAACCGUAAUGUCACCUUUCAUUAUAUCAAUUACAACUCUGUCUAGAUGUUGUUUCAUUGAUAGAUGAACAGGUGGAGACAUUUCGAAAGUUGCACCAUCUGUAACUUGUUAAUAAAGAAACCUUAACUAUACCGUUGGCUGUACACUGGACAUAACUACAUAAAUCAGUGGCCGAAUGUAGGACAAUACUGCUACACUGCUCUGAAGCUACGGCGGUUCCUACUUCUCCAAACAGCAACUGAACUUCGGUUCUCAUAGUCUAAAUGAAACAAUUAACUGUAGUCACUGAACAAAAGCUUUAGUCGGAAUUGUGGACAGUACAAAUAACCCACCUGCAUAGCGCAAAAAUUUUGAAAAAGUGGGAACCUUAAGGUUCACAAUGUCCGAAGUUUGGCGAAAUUUUAGGGUUUUCUCCUAAGUCUAGUGGAAAAUGCGUAUUUUCCCACAAAAUAAUCUGAGAUUUCAGAUUAAAACUUGAGACCAAGGGGAAUUUCGAGGUAUUUUUCUCGUAUGGAGAAAUAUUUCACCAAAAGUUUCUAUUGUGGCUUCCUUGAAACUGAUAAAAUUUCCUUUGAAUCAGGAGAUCGAGUUGACCCCAUGCCAAACGCUCGUUAGCGAUGUUCCGGUAACCUCUAAGUACUUUUCCAUGUAUGGACGUAUCUCAUCAUCUUCACUAGUAAAAUAAGAUUUCAUAAAAAUGGUUAUGAUAGACGUUGAAUAAAUGGAUCAGUAAAUGCUGAGCCUCGCAUUAUCAGAGUCAGACGUUUCGUUUAUUGAAAGUUAACAAAUAUUGUUUGCUGCAAUAUUUUCAGGAAUUGCGCGUAUUUGUAAAUACUCAUGAAGUACGAUUUGUUCGUCACAUUUUCACCAGUUUUGGUAUCAUAUAUUUGUCUUGCUGUAUCAGUUGGUGCUUUCAUUUAUUUGAUCGUAAAACGAAGUUUAAUGGAUGUUGCAUGUGCUGUAAAUUUCCUUCCCUAUUCCGAUUAAUUUUUAAAACCCCACUUUCAAAGGCUAUCCCGAACCUUGUGUUUUAAACUUAUGCUUAUUUCAAAUUGUCUUAUAAAAUGUAUGGUAAACGAUAUAUGUGUUUUUAGAAAUACACAGUGUUCUAUAUUUCAUGAAUAAUGAUUAUUUCUGUUCUUAUUAUCCCAUUGUAAAAAUCCUCUGCAUUCUGAGUCAGUCAGUCAGCUACAACGUAGGACCAGGCACAUAUAUGCAUCGGUCCAAGUUGUCAUACUUCAUUUACACAACAAAAUGGACACCGGAUUCAUAAAAGUAGUUAAUUCAGAGGUGGUAAUAUAUAAAAGAAAGAUUGCAAUAAGGACAUAGUACAGGAAGAAAGGAUUAGUUCGUAGAAAGAAAGAUAUGAAGCGAUUUUAAUCUCUUAGUUUAAGGAAAGACAGGGAGUGUAUACACCGACGCCAUUGUGAUCGAUUCUGAGCCAUGUCACCAAGAGUCUCCAACCAUUGCAUUGUGAAGUUAGAUUAGAAUAAUAGCUUACCCUCAUAGCAUUUAUAAAUAAUGUUUACAAAGAGUACUUGAGGAGUCAUUAAGUCUUCCUUACUCCAGCAAAAGAUGGAGCUUUUACGGCUUGCGCAGUUAAAAUCAUUUGCAGACACAUUUCUCUUGAACUUCAUCAGGACUUGAUACAAAUUUACCUUGGUUGUUAUUAAAGUAGUAUUUAGUUUUUUUAUCAAGCGAUUUACUAUGGCUGAAUUCAUAUAGUGUUCGACACUCAUAAGGCUGAUAAAUGUGGGAAUUCUUAUCCGUUUAAAUCCACUUAAAGUUACCAAACAAAAUAUGAGAUGAAUAACGAGUUUCACUAGAUUAUUCAGCGUGUUUAUAUCCAAUAUGAACAGCAUGGACAGUAUAAUCUCUUUCCAACGGCUUUAUCUCUUUGGAAAAUAUAAGUUGUUAAUAAUACUUAACGUUUUGUUCUCUGGUUAAGAAAAUUAAUACUCUUUCGUCUUCGUUAGUAUUGCCUUUCUUGGUCGUGGAAAAUAGUAUUUCUAAUAUCCUAAGGGCUGGUGGAGCGACUUUGUACUUUCAAGUAGCAUUAUCACUCAGACCUACCUCUUUUAUUAGGGUUUCUGCGUUUAAAAAUACACAAUAAGACAACAGUUUUACUUGCAAACACAACUUGAUGACAAGUAGUUUAUCGAGUCCUUUAAUUUCUAGAGUCCAUUCUUUAUUUUAUUGACUCCUGCAUGUUUUACUUGUCUUUGUUUUGGGAAAAUUAUGUUAUUUUGUUGAUAACACUGGUUUUAUUUCAUUGUUCCUGGUAUUUGAUCUUAUUUCGUUUCAUUACCGUAAUAUAAAUCAAUACAUUUGUUUUUUAGUGAUUCAGACUAUAUAGGAUGGAUGGCUUUGAGUGUUUCGAUGACAGUGAUGUUCAAGAAGAAGAUUUUAAAGGAUUUUUUUAUGGAUGCUAUAUUUUGCUGUCCCUCAACCCAAAGUUCCGUGGCAAAACUUAUAUAGGUUUUACUGUAAAUCCUAAGAGACGCAUACGACAGCAUAAUGCUGGUUGUUUAAAAGGUGGUGCGAAGUCCACUGCUGGUAAAGGACCAUGGGAAAUGGUUUUAAUUGUUUAUGGGUUCCCAAAUGCGAUAUCUGCAUUAAGAUUUGAAUGGGCAUGGCAAAAUCCAAACUUAUCACGUCGACUCAAAGAUUCCCUACCAAUUAGAAAAUCAAGAGAAACCAGUUUUGACUACCGUUUACGCGUUUUAGCAUUGAUGUUAUGCUCAGGUCCUUGGAACCGUCUGGGUUUAACUAUUCAGUGGAUCAAACAGUCAUAUGCACGUAAUUUAUCGGAAAAUUUGGUGCCUCCUCUACACAUGCCAAUAGCCUUUGGACCCAUUGACUCAAACUGUUCAGAAAAUCCCAGUACUAAGGUCGCGUCAUUUGGUCUUUGUCAGAUUUGUAACAUUCCAUUUUCAGUUGAUUCUUCAGUACCACUUACCUGUCCAAGUUCUUGUCCUCUUGGUCAAUGGCACUUAUUAUGUCUAGCAAACUAUAUGACUCAGGCUGAAACUGUGCCCGAUCGUUUGGAAAUAUCAUACUUGAUACCUUUGUCUGCCUCAUGUCCUGCAUGCCUCAAUGCUGAACUUCUAUGGCCAUCACUUAUAAAAUCAUGGAAAAUGAAAACAAUCGCUUCUGAACAUUCUUGUUCGUCUACCAGUUUAUCAACUGCUCACUAG